AUACCCUACCCUUAAUUGCUUCGAGACCUGACCAGCCCUUGAGGAACAGCUUUCAUCCUCUUUUGUAUCUGGGCAAACCAACCACUUUCACAACAUGAUUGCCCCAGUACAGCGUGUGGUCAUCAUCGGAGCUGGCAUCGUCGGCACCAACCUCGCCGACGAGCUGGUCUCACGAGGAUGGGCCGACAUUACCGUCAUUGACCAGGGGCCUUUGGACAUGCCAGGAGGUUCUACCUCGCACGCUCCUGGUCUUGUUUUCCAGACAAAUCCAUCAAAGGCAAUGACACUGUUCGCAAAGUAUACCGUCGAGAAAUUCUUGUCGCUAGAGAAGGACGGCCAGUCUUGCUUCAACCAAGUCGGUGGACUGGAGAUCGCCACCACUCCUGCCCGGCUCGAGGAGCUCAAACGCAAGCACGGCUACGCCUCCUCAUGGGGCGUCGAGGCCCGUCUGAUCAGCGCCGAAGAGUGCCUUGAGCUGUAUCCUCACCUAAACAAGGAUCUUACACUCGGUGGACUACACAUCCCUAGCGAUGGCCUGGCCCUGGCCGCCCGUGCCGUCCAGCUACUCAUCGAGCGCACUCGCAAGGCUGGUGUCAAAUAUCUCGGUUCGACACUGGUGACUGGAGUUGAGCAGGCCGAUGGUCAUGUUACCGGCGUGACAACGCCCAAUGGAACUGUUCCCGCUGAUAUCAUUGUUUCCUGUGCCGGCUUCUGGGGCGUUGAAGUGGGUGCCAUGGUCGGGCUGCCAAUUCCUUUGCUACCCAUGGCACACCAAUACGUCAAGACUACCGCCAUCCCGGAACUCGCUGACCGCAACAACCCAUCAAACGGCGCAAGCCUACCAAUUCUGCGUUAUCAAGACCAGGAUCUUUACUACCGUGAGCACGGUGACCAAUACGGGAUCGGAUACUACGGUCACAAGCCUAUGCCCGUCGUUGCAUCAACAUUGGGCGAGACCCCUAAGCAGGUCGACGACAAGAACAUGCCGUCUCGUCUCAAGUUCACCUAUGAAGACUUCGACCCAGCCUGGAAGCUGUCCCAAGAAUUGUUGCCCGCACUCCAGAAGAGUGAGAUCGCGGAUGGCUUCAACGGCAUCUUUUCAUUCACACCCGAUGGCGGAUCGCUUGUGGGCCAAUCUCCUACUGUCGACGGCUUCUACGUCGCAGAGGCUGUCUGGGUGACCCAUUCAGCGGGUAUUGCCCGAGCCGUGGCCGAGGUGUUGACUACUGGUGUCUCCAAGAUCGAUAUGGCCGAGUGCGACUUGAGCCGGUUUGAAGAGGUGCAGCUCACCAAGGCUUAUGUGAGCGAGACCUCGGCGCAAAAUUUCGUCGAAGUGUACGAUAUCCUCCACCCACUUCAGCCCAAGGAGUCUCCGCGAAAGCUGCGAGUCAGCCCAUUCUAUGCCCGCCAGCAGGAGCAGGGCGGUUACUUCCUCGAAGGCGGAGCCUGGGAGCGGCCGUAUUGGUACGAGGCGAACGCGGAGUUGGUGAAAGACCUCCCAGCGGAGUGGCGACCCGUGGACCGCGAUGCUUGGUCGGCUCGAUACUACUCGCCCAUCGCUGCCGCCGAAGCCUGGAAGACACGAACCGCAGUGGCCAUGUAUGACAUGACACCGCUGCGUCGAUUGGAGGUCUCUGGGCCCGGAGCUGUCGAUCUGCUUCAAAGGCUUUGCACCGGCGACGUCUCCAAGAAGCCAGGUGCUGUCACAUACACGCUCCUUCUCAAUGAGAACGGCGGUGUCCGGAGCGACAUCACGGUGGCGAGACUUGAGACUGAGCGCUUCCAGGUGGGAUGCAACAGUCCGGUUGAUCUGGCCUACUUGUCCCGAGAAGCUCGUUGGCAGGCCCAGCAGAAUCCCAGCCGUUGGGCACAAGUGCGCGACAUCACCGGUGCCACCUGCUGCAUCGGUCUCUGGGGCCCUCGUGCACGCGACGUCAUCACAGCAGUCAGCCCGGACGAUUUCUCAAACAAAGCAUUGCGCUACUUCCGUUGCAAGAGGGUGAGCAUCGCCGGCAUUCCGGUGACAGCAAUGCGCCUGUCAUACGUCGGCGAGCUGGGUUGGGAACUCUAUACCAGUUCCGAGUACGGCCUGAGGCUGUGGGACGCACUAUGGCAAGCAGGCCAGUCUCACGGCGUGGUUGCGGCGGGUCGGAGCGCUUUCAAUUCCCUGCGACUCGAAAAGGGAUACCGGGCCUGGGGCACCGACAUGACCACCGAACACGAUCCAUAUGAGGCUGGUCUCGCCUUCGCCGUUAAGGAGAACAAGGAGGAUUUCAUCGGGCAAGCCGCGCUUGUAGGACGUCCCAAGGAGUCGCCGGCUCGACGGCUCCGCUGUCUCACCGUCGAUGACGGUCGCUCGAUGGUCAUGGGCAAGGAGCCCGUCUUUUAUGACGGUAAACCAAGUGGCUAUGUCACCAGUGCUGCAUUUGGUUUCACGAUUGGCAAGCCUGUGGCUUACGCAUGGCUACCAGGUACCACGAAGGAGGGUGAGGCCGUCGAAAUUGAAUAUUUCGGGCGCAAGAUCCCGGCUACAAUCACUGCUGAGCCACUUUACGAUCCAACAAUGAGCCGUCUGCGCGGCUAGAAAGAUGGUCAAUGACCAUUCUGCAGGUUGGCUGCACAGGUAAGACGAUUGUAAGGAGCAAGGAGUACGGUUCGCUUGAUGUUUCAAACUUAUAACAGGAGCCUGUCUUUUGGAGGUUAGGAAAUCAAGUAUCUGCACCUUUGGGGAUUGUGACAUCGCUAUCUUCUCCUCAUGGCAUUCAUCUCGGCAUUCACAUGUGCUGACAGCCCGACGCGACUUGCAAGAGAU